UCAAUUUUCACUAUCUUUCAUUUUCCUUUCCUAAUUUUUGCCCUAGAAACUAGCCAGUUAGUCACUAACUCACUAGUCAGUACCGCGCUACUGCCGAACAAGACUCGCGUCGGUCUCUCCGACUCGGCGGUCUGCCGGUGGGACACGUGGACAACUAACGACGUGUCGGCGCCGGCUGGCGACGGCCGGCGACUAGCUCCCGACGGACUAGACCUCCAGACUCCAGUGCUCCCUCUCCUGCUGCGCAUCUGCAACAGAACUCACGGAAUUAGGAGUUUCAUUUCUUUUACAAGGAAUGUGUACUUCCCAUGGUCCCUCUUUUCAUAAUCAAGAACCUCAAAUCACCCCGCCAAUUCUAUACUCUGGAACCUCAUCUUCUAGGAACUUCUUGUCGAGCUUCUUCGUCAUUCAUCAGUGGCUACUGUCUGUUAACUCACCACAAAGCUAAAUAUAACUGGAAUACAACCCAUUCCUUUGUCCUCUCCAAUCCACUCCUCUCUCUUCUCGAGAAUCAAUGCAAAUGCAUGGCACACCUCAAGCAAAUUCAAGCCCAAAUGGUCACCACUGGCCUCUUUUCAGAUGGGUUCGCUUCGAGUCGCUUGAUUGCUUUCUGUGCUAUGUCAGAGAUGGGAAGUCUUGAUUAUUGCAAGGCGUUACUGUAUCAUAUGCAAAACUCAAAUUCAUUUUCUUGGAAUGUUGCCAUUAGAGGUUAUACUGAAAGCCAAAAUCCGAUUGAAGCUCUAUUCUUGUAUAAAGAACUGUUAGUGUACAUUGACAAACACAAUGAUGAUGAUACUUUAAGGCCUGAUAAUUAUACUUUUCCAUUGUUGUUCAAGGUUUGUUCCAGAUUGUCAUUGUUUUAUAUGGGUUUUGAGAUUCUUGUGCAUGUUAUGAAAAUGGGUCAUUAUCAGGAUAGGUUUGUGCAUAAUGCGUUGGUUCACUUCUUGGUGUGUAGUGGAGAGUUGGAAGUUGCAAAGAAGGUGUUUGGUGAAUAUUGUGCAAGAGAUGUGGUUUCAUGGAAUUCAUUGAUUAAUGGGUAUGUAAAAAGUGGGAGACCUUGCGAAGCAUUAAGGGCUUUUAGAGAAAUGAGAAUUGAGGGUGUUGAGCCUGAUGAGAUCACUAUAAUUGGUAUGGCUUUAGCUUGCAGCCAGCUUGGAAGUUUGGAACUUGGAAUGGAAUUUCAUAGAUAUGUUGUGGAAAAGGAAAUGAAUUUGUCUUUACCUCUUUGUAAUUCACUUAUGGACAUGUAUGUGAAAUGUGGUGAUCUCGAGAAAGCAAAGACUCUGUUUGAUAGGAUGGAAGAAAGGACUGCUGUGACUUGGACUACUAUGAUUGUUGGGUAUGCGAGGUUUGGAUUUCUAGAUGAUGCUAGAAAGUUGUUUGAUGAGUUUCAACUAAAGAGCAAUGUCGUCACAUGGAAUGCCAUGAUUGGAGCAUAUGUUCAAGCCCAGUGUGGGAAAGAGGCUUUGGAACUGUUUCAACAAAUGCAAGCCAUGAAUGUUAAGCCUGAUGAGGUCACCAUGGUUUCUUGCUUAUCUGCUUGCUCACAACUAGGAGCUCUUGAUAUUGGAUGUUGGAUUCAUCAUUAUGUCGAAAUCCACAAUCUUUCUCUUACUGUGUCUCUUGGAACUGCUUUAGUCGAUAUGUAUGCCAAGUGUGGCAAUGUCGAGAAGGCGCUUAAGGUCUUCCACGAGAUGCCUGUGAGAAACUCAUUGACUUGGACAGCUGUUAUUGGUGCUUUAGCCCUUCAUGGAGAUGCACGCAACGCGUUAUCCCAUUUCGCAAUGAUGGUGGAUGCUGGUGUUUCACCAGAUGAUGUCACAUUUCUUGAGGUCCUGUUGGCCUGUUGCCAUGGAGGUUUAGUAGAAGAAGGUCACAAGAUUUUUACUGAAAUGACCUCCAGAUUUAACGUUCCCCCAAAAUCUAAACACUAUGCUUGCAUGGUUGACCUUCUUGGCAGGGCUGGCUUGCUGAAAGAGGCUGAAGCACUGAUUGUGAGCAUGCCAACUAAUGCAGAUGCUGCAAUUUGGGGGGCCCUCUUUUUCGCCUGUCGCGUUCAUAGAAACGUUGAGUUGGGUGAAAAGGCAGCUCUGAAACUUCUCCAGCUGGAUCCCGAUGAUAGCGGGACUUAUGUCUUACUUGGCAACAUGUAUGUUGGAGCAAAUAUGUUGCAUAAAGCUAGGGAAGUGAGGAAGAUGAUGAGUAAGAGAGGACUAGAGAAGACUCCAGGCUGCAGCUCCAUUGAAGUGAAUGGUAAUGUUUUUGAAUUCACUGUUCGAGACAGGUUGCAUGCUCAAUCAGAUAAAAUUUAUGAAUGUGUAAUUCAGUUGACAAGACAAAUGGGGCAGGAUGAAUAUGUACCAAAUACUCCAUUGUAUAUAUAGCUUUGAAAUUGGCUGCUAAAUAUGGCAGUUACCUUGUCCAGUUGGGUAAUAUCCAACUAUUGAAAUCUAUUGGUAAUGAUAGUUUAAGUGCUUUGAUCUAUAGCAUUCUUUAAUCAAAGUUACAUGAAGAUUUGAUUU